AUGUCGGUGUGGUCGCUGACGGUGAUGGUGACAGUGGCAGCGGCAGCAGUUCUGAGGCUGUGGCCGCUGGCCAGAGCUCAAGCUCUGUGCCGUGUUCGCACAGUGAGGACAGGAAAAGUGUUUAAUGUUAUCCAGCAAGUUGAAGGGGAAGUUCUGCAAUUCUCUUCUACAACAGUCUUGAUUAGACAUCCUUGUGAGAAAAAUAUAGCAGUGUAUCUAGGGAAACAGAUUUUUUUCACCAGAGAUAACUUUGAGAGUAGCCUCCUCCCAUUCACCAUACCCGAGUGGACAAUGGGGGCUGCGCCCAGCGUCACCUCGGCACACUUCUCAGGAGGAGCUUUGCUGCUGGUGGCAAAUGGAAAGGUCUUCGUGUAUAACUACGAGGAUUACAAGUGGUUUCAGUCCCAAGGGCCACAGGAGAAUUGUCCAGCCUCGGAUGCACAGACAGACCUGGAGAGCACUCACUGGGGAGCGGCCCGAGCUGGGGCUUCUGUACGCGUGCUAGGAGCAGGGGAGCUCUGCCCCAAUCUUGACAGGGCCCUGGAAGUGUUCUCCACGCUAAGAAUAAGCCACCCCGUCUCACAUCUCAGUGGCGAUAACUGCUGCUUUGCUAAAAAUGCCUUGUGUGCGGACAUAGGCAACAACAUCUUUGCCUACAUGCGAGGAGAGAAGCUGGCCGAAACUCACAUCUAUUUCUCCAAUAAUGGCGGCUAUAGCUUUGACUUGUUCACCAUCAACAACAAGGCUGCAAAACUUGGAACGUUAGGGGGAGUCUUUUACUUUCACCCCUUGUCACAGAUCGGCAUUCUUGUUGUUUACAGAAAUGUGGCUGCGUUCCACUACCUGGACCACCCACUCAACCGCAGUGUGGGCAUGACCUUCCGGUACAAGAGCCCCAUGGAUGUCCUCCUCACCCCGGGCCUGAGGGGCUUCCUGAUCCUCUGGAGCAAGGACAACCUGCUGAUGUCCCCCAACUCAGGUCAGCUUGUAAACACCAUCCAGCUGCAAGAAGGAGAGGAGGUCGUGUUUCCUUCCAUCUUCAAGACCAACAUCACCAUCCACAACAUGGCUGCCAAUGAAAACGAACUGGCAGUGUUAACCCAGGAGAGUAAUUUGUUCUAUGGGAAUCUGGGGUUCCUGUCUACUUCUGUAAUCAAAUUCGUAGACCAGCCUGUGUGGUCCCCAGAGGCAGCCUUGACCUUCCAGAGCUCAGGGAUGCUGGAAAUCCUGACCCCGAUUCCAGACUCGGAGUCCCCAGCUUUCGAUUUCCAGAAGUGCUCCUUGAACAUUCAGGCCAUUCUCAUGGACCCCAACCUCCAAAUUGGGAAGUGCAAGGUAGAGCUGCUGGAGGGCAAAUUUGACGAGGACCUGUACAUCAUCGACAUGAAAAGCAGCCUGCUCCUGUCAGCCGACUUCAUUCCCCGGCCUGGCUCAUCCCCCAUUCCACUAGUGAUGGUGAGCAACCCCCACUCUCUGGGGCUGCACGCAACCAUAACCGAGGUCGGGAACACUCUGGAUGGGCACACCAAGUACAAGCUGGACAUUGAACUGGAGCAGCAGCAGCACUCGGGCAAGACGGACCCCAGGUUUACCUCCAGCAUCAAGCGGCCCACCCUAUCUACCUUAACCGUGGACAUGGCCAACAAGGACAUUUCCUGUGUGGACAUGAAGCCACUGUCGACGCUCAUCUCCAUAGGCUGUGAUCUGAGGAAAAAGAUCGUGGUGCAGAACAAAGUCUCUGCCUGCUCCAAGGGCAUCCUAGACGCAGUAGAACUGCAGAGGAACUACACCUACGUGAUCGAAAAGGAGUCCUAUGACCCCAACUUCCUGGGUCACAAGGCCACCAACGACCUGUUCGUGACCUACCCGUACAAGGAGCUAGGCUGCCCCCGUCUCGUCUACUUCAAUGCCCCGUGGAAGCCCGUGGUGGAACUGUGGCAGGGGGAGCAGCUACAGGAGGAGGUGAAGGCGGAGUAUGUGCUGCUGGAGGUGAACGGGCUCUUCACCUAUUCCUACUCACUGACGGCGGGCACCGCGCUCUGCCGCGCGCAGCCACAGAACUGGACCACCGUCAAGCAGGGCUCCACCAGCUGGAACCGAGAGAACUAUGUCAGCUGCUGGGAGCCCAAUGAGGACGCCCCUCUGCUGUGGCCUGACGUGCCCUAUCAGAUCCUGGGCGGCCCCACCGAGAACGAGAUCAUUUUCGACCAACGCAAUGGCAUCUACAUCUUCUACCUGUCCAUCGUGGACCCCUACUACAGCUACUGCCAUCUGGACACCACGUUCAGCAUCUAUGUGUAUGGUGCCUACCCGCUGCCAACGGUGCUGCCCGAGCUCACCAUCUUCCUGCUGGUGAGCAGCACGCUGCUUGUGCUCUGGCUGGCCUAUGCCAUCCCCAAGUUGCUGCACACAGAGACCGGCCUCCAGUUCCUAAGCUUCUGGAGGUGGCUGGGCGCCCUGUGUGUGUCACUCUGCACCUGCUCCUGGUUGGGGCACUUGCUGCGCAGGGUGUGGGGCAAGCAGACCUCUGGGCAAGCAAGCAGCCAGCCUGAACCCCCAGAACUUGGCCAGGACCCUGACUCAAAAUAA